UAGCUAAAACAAUCAUUUGGGUGAAGCUCGCAUCAGCGGCUACCCAGUCCAUUAUUAUCGGACUUUCAAUUAAAUAUCAGUAUAAUAAAAAAUAAAAAUCAUCAAGUCAAAAAACUAAAUAAUUUUGUAUUUAAACAAGAACUACAAAAAGCAUAAAAAAGGGUCUUCCCCAUUUUAACAUGUCUGCGAGUAGAAAAGGCAGCGUUAUGCCUACCGAGACGCCGGUGGACUUGGAUGACAUCCUGGUGAACGAGCUGGGACAGUUUGGGAGGUUUCAAAUGACCAAUCUGUUGCUGGUGGCGAUACCUAUCAUCAUGUCAGCGUUCAUGAGCGAGUACAUCUUCUCUGCUGCAGCUGUACCACACAGAUGUAUGAUAUCGGAAUGUGGGGAAGAGCCACGUGGUCUAACAUUUACUCAAAACUGGAUAAGUAAUGCGAUCCCGGAGACUAACAAUGGUUUCUCAAGCUGCGAACGAUUCGCGCCUGCCGGUGGUACGGGAUCUCUGGCCUCAUGCCCUGCAAACUUAUUCGACCAAAGCAACACUCAACAAUGCGAAGCUUUUGUUUACGAUAGAGAAAACUCAGUUGUCUAUGAAUUUGAUCUAGGUUGCCAGGAGUGGAUGCGUGCAUUGGCCGGUACUCUCAGUAGCGUUGGUACUUUACUGGUACUUCCAAUCACAGGAUACGUGUCCGAUAGAUUCGGGCGGAGGGUCGCACUCGUCAUCAGUGUUUUCAACCUUGCCCUAUUUGGCCUCAUCAGGGCCUUCUCCGUCAACUACCCCAUGUACCUAGCGUUGCAGCUAUUACAAACUACGCUUGGUGCUGGUACCUUCAGUUCUGCUUAUAUCUUUGCAACGGAACUGGUCGGUCCUAAGUUCCGGGUCUUAACAAGUGCGACGUGUUCCUCUAUGUUCGCGGUGGGUCAAGUAAUCCUCGGCAGCGUAGCGUGGCUAGUUCAACCGUGGCGAUACAUGAUCAUGGCCAUUCACAUUCCCUGCUUCCUCAUCAUCGUCUAUUACUGGAUACUCUCAGAGAGCGUCAGGUGGCUGCUAUCAAAGGGAAGAUAUGAAGAUGCAAAGAGGGUGCUGGAGAAAGUGGCGAGGGUCAAUAAAAGGCAAAUAAGUGAGAAAUCGUUGAACGCAUUGAUGAAUCCUCCGAAGACUCCAGUUGUGGAAGAGAAAAAGGAUGAACCAAGCAUGAUUGUCACAAUAGCAAAGUCCCCUGUACUACGGCGGCGUGUUAUCACAACCCCCAUCUGGUGGAUCACCACCACCUUCGUGUACUAUGGUCUGUCAAUCAACUCGACUAGCCUGUCCUCCACUAUGUACUUAAACUACAUCCUAACAUGUGCCAUUGAAAUCCCCGGCUUCUACACCGCCGUACUCUUGCUGGAUUGGAUUGGCAGGAAGUCUACUCUCUGUGGAGGCUUCUUCUUGAGUGCUGCGUGCAACAUCGCAUUUGCUUUCAUUCCAGCAGAGCUGACGAUCCUCCGACUGAUAGUGUACCUGUUGGGCAAGUUCGGGAUCUCCCUGGUGUUCACAUCGCUGUACCUGUUCACCUCGGAGCUGUACCCUACGCAGUACCGACACAGCCUGCUAGCCUUCUCUUCUAUGAUCGGCAGGAUAGGAUCGAUCACUGCACCACUCACCCCAGUAUUGAUGGAGUACUGGCCUGGUAUUCCCUCCUUAAUGUUCGGCACCAUGGGAUUGCUCUCUGGUUUGCUGGUGCUGACGCAGCCGGAGACACUCGGCACCAAGAUGCCCGACACUCUCGCGGAGGCCGAGGCACUAGGAAGACCAGCGUUCAGGGGGCAGACGAGCUGAUCCCGAACCAUUUUAAAUAAUAUACCAUAGUACCAUAACUUUAGGCACAUUUUAUGGGCUUUAUAAGUGCAUAAGAUUCACAUUUGACCGUCCGCAGCUGCAGUUUUAUGUUGUUGUCCUUACAUUUUUUGAAAAU